AUGGCCUCAUCCCGUUCAACAGGCAAGCGCCUCCCUAUCAGCUGCCAGGCCUGCCGAACACGAAAGAUCAGAUGCUCGCGCGACGGCCGGCCAUGUCAAACAUGCGUUCGGCGCGGCCUAGGCGCCGAAGACUGCGUCUACCUCGGCCAACCGCGACUUUCAACUGAGCAGUCAUCGCCCGGCGACAGCGCAGUGCAGAACGAACUGCUAGCACGAAUUCGGAAUCUAGAAGCCUUGCUCCAGAAGCAGAUGACCUCGCAUGCUGGUACGCCCACCGGUGGCGCGGUCUCGCCACUAGGUGGGACGAGUGCAGCUGGUAGUUUCUCCGAACCUGAGACAUGGGACUCGCUCGGCCCCAUGUUGGAUAAUGUUGGUAAGCUCCAUACUUCGCCUUCUGGUCAUGUACGAUAUGUGCCACUGGCUUCGCAGUGGGAGUCUUUAGUGGCGAGGAGCCCCGCUUCGGAGUGUUUGCCGAAUUUAGAUUCGGAUAUCCCGGAGGAUGAUGAUGAUUUGCAGAUCCCGUUGGCGAGGAAUGGGAGUAUCUCGCGUGUUGAGCUGUUAUCGAUCCUGCCGCCUGGCCGGUAUUGUGAUACUCUCAAGGAUGUUUAUUUUCAGGUCUUUUCAUCGGUUUUCCAUAUUCUUCACGAUUUGACGUUCGAAGCCGAGUAUCAGCAUUUCUGCCAUGAUCCCGGCAGUGUGUCUACAUCAUGGCUGGCUUUGCUAUUCUCCAUCCUUGCUAUCGCUGUAAGCGCACUCGAUGAUGAUCAUCCUUUGCUGUCUGAUCUGGGGCGAGAGCGAACGGUCAGCCGCAAUAUCAAAGUGCUAUCAGCACGGUAUCGAUCUGCCGCGUUGCAGUGCCUCGCCGCCGAUGGCGUGAUGUCCCGACAUUCGAUCAACUCAUUACAAGCCUUAGUGCUCAUAAAUUAUGCCCGAGUUCACCGCGGUCUACCAAUCUGGACAUUGUUAGGAUUCACGCAUCAUGUUGCAAUAUCCAUGGGUUGCCAUUUAGACCCAGAGCGGUUUACUCUUGGGCCAAUCGAGCGGGAAGAGCGACGACGGGUCUGGGCAGGAUUAAUGAUGCUGUACACCAUCCAAAACACAGCAUUUGGGAGUCUCGAUCAACAGGCUCUAACGCAAGACGUGAAGAUGCCCGCAGACAUUGACGACGUUGACCUGCUUACCAGCCCAAGCUUAAAAAGGCCAGCACUGUCAACAUUUCCCCGCCCAACACAGGUGACCUACCUCCUCUUGAAUUUCCGACUAUACAAAAUCUCCUCCAAGAUUUGUGAAACAAUAUUCAGCUACCCAAAUACAUCCCGCUUCACCACCUCCCACCUCGAAGCGGAAAUCAUAUCCGUCCGUGAAAUGGUCGAGGCUCGCUAUGCACUCGAUACAAACAAUCCCCUACCCAUUCACCAUCAAGCCAACCACCACAUCCUCUACAGUCAGAUCCAUCAACUUCUCCUUCUCCUCCUCCGCCCUGGUCUUUGCCGGUACCUACAAGGCGAGAUUACCCCUGAAACUUGCUCUACAAGAGCAAAGUGCAUCGCUUCCGCCAAGGCUUCACUUUCCAUCUUUGAAACUCUCCUCGAAACACAAUCAUUCAAGCCGUACAAAUGGUAUACCAGCGGACUGGGCAGUUUCCACGCGUUCCACGCUGCAGUCACAUUGGCUGUCAUCCUGCUUAUUCCCGAGGGCCAGUCCGAGUAUGAAGAGAUCAAAGAUAUUCUCAAUCAAGCACUAGAUAUGUUCGCCUCUCUCUCAGUCCGCAGUGUUUUCUGCAGCAAGGCUGUUCCCAUAAUUCGACAGAUGAUCGACGUUGCCUCAACAAAUUACAACCCCCGAUCACCCACCCACUCUCAAUCCCACCUCCAAGCCCAGGCCCAGGCCCAGGCUCAAGUCCAAGCCCAAGUCCAACACCAUCAAAACCAAGCCAAUAUCCAAUCCCAGUCCCACAACCACCUCUUACCAAGCAUCCAAAUCCCACUCUCAAUGUCAAACCUCUCCCCGGGAAUGACAAUGCAGGACAACUAUGCCAUCUCGCACCCACACUCGCAAUCCGGAUCGCCCGUGCCAACUAUUGCAUCGAGCUCUAGUGACCACACCAUGCAUUCCAGUUUCGGGCAGAUGCACCCGCAGAAUUGGAUUGGUCCUACUUCUAUUCCGUGGGAUAAUUUAGGGCCUGGUACUGGGAGUUAUGGAUUCGACUAG